UCCCCACUCCCACAGGAUUAAGUAGCUAAGUCUUCCUAGCAUGGUUAAAGCAUAAUUUGAUUAGUAAACAGUUGAUUUUUAUGCACCUAUAACAUUUUCUCCCUGGUAGUAGGGAACCAAGGAGUCCCUAGGUGACACAGCAGUUAAGUGCGUGGCUACUAACCGAAGGGUUGGAGGUUCAAACCUCUCCAGAGGCACCUUGGAAGGCUUGGUGAUCUGCUUCCAAAAGGUCACAGCCAUGAAAACCCUAUGGAGCACAGUUCUACUAUGAAGCACAUAGGGUCACCAUGAGUCAGAAUCUACUGUAUGGCUGCUGGUUACUGAUUUUAGUAGGGAACCAGACCAAAUUAUUAUUCGAUGUCUUCUGUAGCCCUAGAAACUUUGAUUCCUUAAUUAAUAGAAAGAUUGUUGUCUUUUUUACUCUUUCUAUAAAAAUAUGACAUAUUUGUAACAAGCAGCAGAAAAACCAGUAAAUUCCUCUUUGUGGUAGUAUCCAAGGAACUAGUUACUAAUACUUAAUGGAGGAAAAAUGUCCAAGAAAAAGCACAUAUAUGGAUGAAUUUUACUUUUUUGCUGGCGUUAAGAAAAAUAUUGUACCUUAGUAUAGCAUUUUGCAUUUUUUUUACAAUGUUGUAUAUAUUUUAUCAUUUGAUUCUCAUGAUAACUAAGCAGUAGGUAGGUCAGUUGCUUUUUAGAUGAGCACACUAAGGCUCAAACAAGUUAAAAAAUUAAAUCUCCAAGGUACGUGGUUAGUAAGUGGCAGAACUAGAACUAAAACCCAAGUAUUUUUAUUCCUAGCUUGGUGUUCUUUUUCCACUAAACUACUGACUCAUCAUUUACAAGGGAAACUUAAUUGAGGGUUAUAUGUAAAGAAAUUUAAAUUUACCUGUUUGAAUCUGUGUUAGACAGUUGUACUGUGUAGAGCUGAAUUUGUAAUUUUUUCUCCUUUGUGUUAAAAUGGUAACCUCGUUGUAGUGGUUGUUGGUAGGUAAUUUUGACAUUUAUCGUUCUAACAAGGAAAAGCAAAAGUCGAUUUCUCGUCUAGGUAAGUACAUAGGUGAAAUGCAGAUACUAAUUUCUCUUUGAAAAUCUGUCCAUUUUAAUUCUACUGCUUUUAUUGAUGCAGUUUACUUACCUUUUAUCAAAGUCUACUAAAUGAAUAAUUUCUUUUAUAAGGAUCGGCACAAAGCUUGUUCCGAUGAGGCAGAGAUUAAAGAGGUCCCAAAUAUCCAACUUUUCCAAAUUCUGUUCUACUCCAUCAUCUCUAACAUCAACUAUCCCUCACCUCCCAGUACUCUCCCACCCAUCUUUAGGUUCCAUAAUUUGUUGCAGUGUCUCACAGAACUCAUGAACCAUAUCAAGGAAAUGGGUCACGUGAUUGUGGAGGAUAGCAAGUCCCAAAUCCAUUGGCCAGGCAUAGGCUUCUCCUGACUCAUGUGGCUGCAGGUACCAAUGAACCCAAGUUGGCAAGCCAGAUGACAGAUUACUGGCCCACAGAGCCGUGGAAGCUGUUGAAUCAGGUCAGACAGUAGGCUGCUGGCCCACAAGGCUGUGGAAUUUGGUGAAUUCCAGAAGUGGCAGGUCGAGGGCUGGCCACUGGCUCAAGUCCCAAGAACAGAAGUCAGACAGUGACAAGCUGCGUGCCGGAUCCAAAUGCAGAGUCCUUCUGGAAGGUCCACAUAUAUACAUUGCAUGGAGGCCACACCCCAGGGAAGGGCAGAACUUGAGUAAGGGUGGGGUUUGAGCCACACCUUCCUGCAAGGCCAUGACUCAAGAUACACCCUAUGCUAAUCCUGCCCAGUUAAUAUAUAGGGGUUAGGAUUUAUAAUACACAGGAGGUGGAGAAUUAGGAUAAUUACAUCAGAUCACAAAAUGGAGGACAGCCACACAAUACUGGGAAUCAUGGCCUAGCAAGCUUACACACACCACCACCCACCACACCUCAUUAGGGUUCCCACACACCACCACCCACCACACCUCAUUAGGGUUCCCACACACCACCACCCACCACACCUCAUUAGGGUUCCCACACACCACCACCCACCACACUUCAUUAGGGUUCCGUGUACUUUAGUUGCAUGGCCCCACCCAAUCAUUGUGUGGGAGUUGCAGAGACUGUGGCUUAGAAGGGCCAUAUUAAGUGAUUCACUAUACCGCAUCUACAUAUGAAAUUUUGUAUUUAUGAAGCAUAUAAAUCAGGAUCUGAUCUCUGAAAGUAACUAUCAUAAUAUUUCAUAAUUUUUACCAUUACAUAAAAAGGUUUACCAUUUAAGAGAGAUUACUAUUAAGAAGCUCUUCUUAGUACAUAUUUCAAAUUUACAUGUUUGAGCAACUUUUUAAGGAAUAUAUUAUGUAAAAGCACAUGUUGGGCAGUUUCUAAGUUAUAAGGAAGACUAGCAUUUGUUUUAUUUAGUGUUGACAUUUGUUAAACUUGUUAUUCAUUCACGAAACAUACUACCUGCCAGACAUUGUGUUAGGUACUCAGGAUACAGUGUUGCAAUGACAAACAUGAGGCCUGUCCUCUUGGAACUUGGAGUUUAGUAGAAUCACUAACAUAAAAAAAAAACACAAAAGGGCAUAGUUUUAUUAUUUUUCGUGUGUGUGUGCUUUAGAUGAAAGUUUACAGUUCUAAUUAAUUUCUCAUACAAAAGUUUAUACAUACACUGAUUUGUGACAUUAGUUGCAAUCCCCACAAGGUGACAGCACACUCCCCCUUCCUACCUGGGUUCCCUGUGUCCAUUCCACCAGCUCCUGACCGUUCCUGCCUUCUCAUCCUGCCUCCAAACAGGAGCCACCCAUUUGGUCUCGUGUAUCUAAUUGAGCUAAGAAGCACAUUCCUCAUGUGUAUUAUUUUUUGUUUUAUAGUCCUGUCUAAUCUUUGAAGGUAGGCUUCAGGAAUAGUUUCAUUUCUGCAUUAACAGUGCGUCUGAGGGCCAUAGUUUUGGGGUGGAAGGGGCAUAGAUUUUUAAUUCUAUCUUCUGAGGUUGUAUAGAAGUUAGGGAGUAUAAAUAACUAUGCCCUUCUUUUUGUCUUAGUUUUGGACAGAUUAUGCACAAACUCAGGUUACCAGAUGAGCAUUGUUUUGGUUAUCCAUUGCUGUGUAACAAACAACCCUAAGACCAAGUGACUUAAAACAACAGCCAUUUUAUUUGCUGACAGUUUUGCUGUCCAUGGCUGGGCUCAGUUGGACAGUUCUGCUGAUUUUGUUGGUGGUCACGUGAAUCAGCUGACAGCUAGUCUUCCCUUCCUCCCUCCCUCCCAGCCUUCUUCCUUCUCCCCUUAGCCUUUUCUUUCUUCCUCUCAUCUUCCUUUCUUCCCAUGUAGUCUUAGGGCCUCUUCCUCUUCCUAAGUGGCCUUUCCAGCAGGGUUGCCAGCCUUACGUGGUGGCUAGGGGCUGGCGAGAGUUCAAAAGCAGGAGCAGCAUAUUCAGGCCUAGGCUUGGAAUCAUCACGGUGUCAUUUCUGCCACGUACUGUUGGUUAAAGCAAGUCACAGGUCUAGCCCAGAGUCCAGGGCCGGAACUGCAGGAGGGUGUGAGUCCUGGGAGGUGAAAUUAAUUUGGGACCAGAAAUGUGACAGAUUACUACAAAUAUUCAAGUAUAACAUCAACCAUAUUACAGCAAAAUGUAGGGCUUCUGGAAAAUUGUUAUGGAAGGUAAGGCUUAAGCUGCCUAUUAACUUUCCCCAAAUCUAGACUUUGGGUUUGGGCCUUGCAGAGUGAAAGCUGAGUCUGAAGUGCAAAUGAUAGCACACUCGAUUUACUAUGAAAAGGUUUGAAAUAGAUGCCACCAUCCUUGGGUAGAAAAGGAGAACAGAACUGGGGCCUCUGGGCUUUGAUCCAGGUGCUGCCGUAAAGGGGCAGGAUUGACUUAGCUUCACUUGAGGGCAGGGCAGAAUCCAAGUGCCCAGGCCCCUCGGAAGCAGUGAUUUACCUGGUUUCCUGAAUUGGAUUAGACAAAGCAAAGGGAGUGCUCUCUGGAGACUGGAAUGGAAUUCUCUCUUUACGGAAAUGUAAGAAGUAGGUAAAUGGCCACUAUUUCCAAGAAUAGGUAGGUUCAUUGAUUGCUAGCUGGGUUUUCCCCACUUGAUUUUAGCCUCAGCAGUGUCUUUUUCUUUUCUUUUUCUUUUUUUUAACUUCAAGUUAUCUACCAAAUAAUGCCAUGGCUAACUAUAGAGUAAAGAAAAUAAGUGUUCAGUUUUUAUUACAUUAUAGCGUCUGAGUGUAAUACAUGAACCAUUUCAUUUCACUUAAAGAAUUUAGAUUAUUAAUGUAUAGUUUUGGAGCAUUUUUGAAGCAUUACCUAUACACUCAAAAACAGAUCCUUGCAAAUUUCUGGAAGUAGUGUACCCACUGCUCACUUACCGACUUGAUGAGGUUCCAAAGACCAGGUUGUUAUGUAAAAAUCAGCAUUGUGCGGAAAUGUAGGAUGACUACAGUGUUCUAUCAAAUUGCACCUCAGCAUUCAUUGCUUCCAAAUGUAUGUCGUUAAUGCACAAAACAGUUGGAUAGCAGCAUUUUUACUGAUGUCAUAAAUGGAGAAUGUCAGAUAACAAGAUAGUCGGUAAGUGAGGAGUAAGUGUAUAUCGACUGUUGUGGGGAGGAGUUUGGUGAUUAAAUAUAUCAAGUAACAUGAUUUCUAGAAAUAGGAAAGGCUAGGGUGCAAAGAAGGGGACGGAUAGAAUUAUGUUAAAGUAGUUGUUGAUGGCUGUCCUCCCUGCCCUAAAUUACUUGAGUAGUUUUAAAAUAUACUAGCAUUAACAGAACUGUAGGCAUGAUAGCCCCUUUUACUUAACUAAGAAAAACCAGUUCUUUUGAUAGCUGAGUAAUAUACCCAUCAUUAUGAUUAAACAGGAUGGGUGGAAGGAAACUGUUGAGUCUUGACUUGAAGUAGUAUACUGUGGCCGUGUAUUGGCCCCAACUUGCCAAAAUGUACUACUCUUUCUUUGUGUGGGAUGGGGAGGAGAAUUAACUAAAUGAACUAGCUCUGUUUAAAUUAUGAUGUUCUAACAAAAUUAGAUCACCCCACUCUUAAAGUUUAAGAACAAAAUCAUUCUGGCACAUGAACUAAGAGCCUUAGCUUUAAAGUCAGUCAGUGCUGCUUCAGUCUCCUCUUUUGUAAAAUGUAAAGAAUAUCUUCUUCCCUGGGUUUUUUUAAGGAUCGAUUGAAAUAAUGUUUAUAAAAGAGAAAUCGUGGUGCCUGAAACAUAACAGCCCUUAAGUUGUUUUUAUUGUUCUUAAUUCACUAUUAUUAAGUUGAAAAUUCAAACAAGUAGCCCGCUUUGCUCUGGGCCACUCAUUUCUCAAAAACAACUGUAGCUUAGUUUUGGCACUGCAGACCUGCAUAUCAAAUCUCAUCUCUCAACUUAAUAAACAAGCUGUUAAAAGGUGAACAAUGAAUCUGGGAAAGAUACUGACUGAACAUGGCUGGCAGUACAUCAGCUGAUGAUGGUUUGGCUGUGCAACCUGGGAAUGAGAAAUGGUUAACAACCAUCAUUAGAUGAAAUACAGUAUAGACCCAUGUUUGUCAAAGUCAUAGUCAUCUGGGAUAUUUGUUAAACAUGUAGGUUCUUGAGUACCUUUGUAGAUCUAUGGUUUUGGGAUCCUUGAGAGUGGAGCUCCAGAAUCUUCAUUCUUAACAGAUACCUCAGAUGAUUUUCUUCGAGAGCUGUUGGUAGAAACUGAAUCAGUAAUUUGGGGUUCUAGUGUUCUCUACUUGAGACCGUUUUUUAGCUACAGUGUUCAUCAAGUUACCUACUACAAAGAGCUUAACAGCUGAACCUUCCAGAUGUCUAGGGAGGCUUAAGGUAAUUGCCAAGGACUUGACCCAAAUAAACCAUAGAAACCUGAUACAGGUGAUUUCAGUGAGAAGUAAAUGAGAGAAGUGACCCCGAAAGAGGCAUCCAUUAGGCUUUCUUGUUGAAAAAAAUUUCUCCAUGCUUUUACAAAAGAAAAAAUAUUCUUUUCGGUGAAAACAUUUCUUUUUUUAAAAAAAUCCCUGCUGAAAGAGUUGUUAGGCAUUAUGAUUAUCAGAUAAUCUGGUUGUGUAUUAGCUAAGAUGAACCUCUCAGAAAUAAGGAUUUUGAUUAGACUCUGUCUAAUUUGGAACUUUAGUUUUUUUGGUAGAAAGUAGAUUGACAGGGGGACUCAAAUGUCUCGUGGGAGAAUAACCAUUGCUUAGCUUAAGGGCCUUGACUUGCGAAUAAAGCCAUGCAAAAAGAUUUAAAAGCAACCUAAAAAAACUUCAAGCUUGUUUUCUCUAACUUUUGCUUAGGGCAAUAAUGAUGACAGCCUGUGCCUUUGUCACUAAAAACCUCUUUGGUCCUGUGGCCAACAGGAUCCAAAAACCUAAUCAUAUCUGUCAUUGAGAUAGCAGAUAUUUUUAAAUUAGGGCUACCUCUAGAAAAACCUGAAAACAUGGUUGCGAUAAGCAUAGGUUACUGUGUUAGUAUUUUUUGUGGUUUUAAAAAAAGUCAAACCUAUGAUUCUUUCUAUAUUUGAAUAAAAAGGAUUAGUUAUUUCUGUUAGAGAUUUUGUGUGUGUGUGUGUUUUCACGGUCUUUGUGAGCCCACUCUUGGCCAGGGGUGGGGGGCAACAAUAAACAUCUCUUUUUAAGCUGUGAAACAUGGUGUUGCUGUUUAUAUGUGAAUACCCAAAAUGGAAAGUAUAUGAUGUACUCAGAAAUUUCAUUUUUCUGGGUUAAAUGUUUUGGUAAUUAUAACUUGUUUUAAAACUUUGCGGUUUAGUUUGCCUUUUAAGAGUUGGUUGCCUUUAAGUAUGACAAACCUGGAUUUCAGUUCUGAUACUCACUUAUUGGCUGAGUAACACUGAUCAAGUAACCUUUAAUUUAAGCCUCAGUUUCGUCAUAUUAAAAGUGGAAAUAAUAUUUAAUUCAUAGAUUUAUUGUGUGGAUUAAACCUAGCGUUUAGUAUUCGGCGGAGUCCUGGUCACACAGUAGUUAAGAGCUUAGCUGCUAGCCAGAAAGUUGGCAGUUCGAACCCACUAGCUGCUCCUUGGAAACCUUGUGGGGCAGUUAGUUCUACUCUAUCUUGUAGGGUUGCUAUGAAUGGGAAUUGACUUGACAGGAAUGGGUUUUGGUUUUUUGUUUUUUUUUUAGUAUUCAGUAGUUAUUCUUACAUCCGUUGUCAUUGACAUCAUGUGAGUUUAAGAAUUAAAAAAAAUUUUUUUUAAUUUUAGGAAGAUAAUUACUACAUAUACUGUGCUGCAUAAAACCCCAGUGAAGUCUAGGGCAGUGCCCUGUAAUUUCUUUAGAAAAAUGUUUAAUAUUAAUAAGUAAAUAGCCAUACAUCGGGUCAGAUUUUGCUGCCACGUAAGUUCAGGUCAGUUCAGUUUUUGCUGCCAAAUGAAUUACAAAGCAACUGAGUGUUCAUAACUUUUUGAAUUUUGGGAUUUGUGGAUAAAAGGUUGUGUCCCUGUAUUUUAAAUUUGAGAAGGAUCACAUUAUCCUAGAAAUAGAUUUUUAGCCAUUUAAUUGAUUCUCUCAUUUUAGGAAGUGUUGCUGUGAACUUGGGUUUUUAUAUAUUCCUCUAAGAGUGAGGAAUAGCUGACAAGUUUCUACUUUGCAACAUCCUCUAAAAUUCUUUAGUAAGAAUAUAUGUAAAUAGUAAAUUAACAUUGUGCCUGCUGUUUGAAUAGCUUUAAAAUAAUAGCUUGAAAGUGUGUAUUUAUAACAAAAAUUUUAGCAGUACUAUAUAUCGAGUGCUUAAAUGUCAUUUUCAUCAGAUCCUUGCUGCAGGGGGGUUGCUGUGUACCAUUUUGCACCAUGGCCAUGUGACACAAAUGCGCGUGCCCUCUGUUUUGCUGUGGAAGUUUGGUGGAACGAUACUGUCGUUUCUGUGUCUCGGAGUAACAGGGAGUGUGGCUGCAAGUGGGUUUUUUUGUGUGAGGGAGGGUUAGGAAUUGACCACUUACUGGGCACCAUCUAUAGUCCAGAUUCUAGAAACAGUGCUAGUUUCCUAGAUUUAAUGUUAACCCUUUUCCGCCCCCCCGCCCCACAAAACUGCUGUACAGUAUGUUCAGUCAUUUUAUAGAUGGAAAACUGAGCCUCAGGUUAAAUACACAGAAAUAGUAGAUUUGAAGCGUGGACAUAAGCCUGACUCUAAAACUGUUCUCUAUAUUACAUUACCCCAUACACCCUCCUCAAACUAGAAAUUGGCACUUUGGAAUUAAAGAGCUAGCAAAUCUUCAUGGCUACUUUAAAUGUUGGUAAGUUAGAAUCCUCACUGUAGUUAGAAACAAUCAGAAAAUGUUUUGGGUGAACAUAACUUUGAAUCAAGAUAUUCUAGUGACCAGUGCCAUAUAGAACAGCACUAGCCUCGUCAGCAGGCCUGACAGGAGUUUUGUGUCACUGAGUUGCUUAAGUAUACUAUUACAGUAACUCACUUUGAAUCAAGAAAGUAACUAUGAAAAUGUUUGUGUCAUUUGAAAAUAUGGGAUUAUAAAUCAUAUAAUUACAUGAAAUAUGAUCUUCAGAAAGUAAGAAUGUUAUGUUGCUCCUGAAUGUUUUUUUCCCAGAACACAUGGAAAUGAUUUAUUAAACGUGGUCCCCAACAGCUUACCUCCUUCAUUGUUAAUGUUCUUACGCAUUUACAUGUUCAUCUUUUUAAAAUUGUUUUUUCUUGCUCAACUUUGAAGACAAGCAUUGUCGAGGACAAGCAUUGUCAAUGACUAGCUUAAAAGUUCCACAAAACUGCUUGGCUGUGAAGUUACUUAAGCUAGCUUUAAAAAGAGAAUUGUGAUGUCAGAUUGAUUUCGCAAACUCUCAAUUUAAGGUAUGGGUUUAGCUCAGCAUAUCUUGUUUUAUAUUCUGUUUUUGCAGCUCAGGUGUAGUAAAAAAAACCGAAAAAACAUUGGCUUUGAGCCCCAGAGAUUUGGGUUCAAAUAUGCUUUUUACUAGUUUUGUGGCCCUAGUCAAUUUAAUUAAAUUCCUGGAACCUAAUUUUCUUCAUCUGUUAAUAGGAAUAAUAAUGGUGACUCUGAAGGGUAACCGAUAAAAUCAGAGUUAAUUUUUUUACUAAGUGACAAACACAUAAUGUUGUUAGUUGAUACCAGGUUGGCCCUGACUCAUGGUGACCAUAUAUAUAACGGAACGAAACAAUGGCCAGUCCUGCGCCAUUUUCAUGAUCUUUGAUAUUUUUAAGCUCAUUGUUGUGGUUGUUGUGUCAGUCUGUCUCAUUGAGUGUUUCUCUCGUUUUCACUUACCCUCUACCAAACAUGUUAUGGUCACUGUUAUUCUUACUGUUUUAGAGUCAGAGACUUGGUUCAGAUUCCAGGUUUAAGACUCUCCUGCAUCUGGCAUUGCUUGGAUAUCCCACGAAAGUGCAGGAGGUCCUGCCCGGAUGCUUACGCUCUAUCACCUUACCCUUCUGCCUAAUGAAUAUUUAUUUACACACAGCCCUUUUUAUAUUGAUGUAAGUAUUCAUAUAAAUACAUGACUAUGAAAUCAUCUUAAGUUGAUUCUGUAAAUUUGGGACCCAGGUUUUAAGAUGCAUAUUGUUAUUUGAAUUAUGUUUUUUUAAUUGACGUUAUAUAGCACAGAGAUGGGAAAUCUGUUUUCUAACUGCAUUCACUAAGGCAUGGAGAAAAUGACCAAACACAUACAUUUUUUGUUUUAAAAGUUUUGGUAUUUUCCCAUUGUAAGCAUGGUAUUCCAUUUCUAAAGAAAUUGAGAGAUUAGAAAGAAAAGAAAGUAAUUCGUUCUCAUGUCUGGUAACAUUUUGGCAUAGUUUUGUUGACUUAAAUAAAUUUUGGUAUCAGUUCUUUUAAAAGAAACAUAGGAAUCAUCUUAAAUUAAGAACAUGAAAAAUACAGUUAGUCAGUAUAUGAUAAGUAAACUUAUGCUUCAGGUUUUUUUAUGACCUGGUGGCGUAGCAGUUAGGAGCUGCGGCUGCUAACCAAAAGGUUGGCAGUUCGAAUCCACCAGGCGCUCCUUGGAAACCCUGUGUGGCGGUUUUACUCUGUCCUGUGGGGUCGCUAUUAGUCGGAAUUGACUUGAUGGCAGCUGGAUUGGUUUUGGUUUUGAAAUUUUGAUGUAAUACAGCAGGGAGAGAAGGAAAGGUCAGUGUGAUAAAAAACAGAGUAAUGGUGCCUAAGUCUUGUUUUUGUUUGUUUUGUUUGUAAGGAUCAUAGCUGUUUAGCUUAAAAAUUAGAAUAGUUGUUGUUAAAUUUGAUGAAGGUAUUCUUUCUCAUUAAUGUUUUCUAGUAAACAAAGUAUAAACCUAUUUUGAUAUCUUAGUCUUACAGUUGAGGAAAACUUAAUGUUUUGGAAAGAAGUUGGCAUAAGAGAUUUAAUUUUUAAAAUAAAAGAUUCAUUGUAUGGAGCAACAUCACCAUCUUGUGGCCUUCUAGAAUAUUGUCGUCAAAGUUAUAUUUUCACUACGCUAGUGUAAAUUAUAGGGUCGUCAUGAGUUGGAAUCGACUCAAUGGCAACGGGUUCAGUUUUGUUUUUUUUUUAAGCGUAAAUUAAAUUGUUCUCUGAUAUUGGCCAAGGUCUGUGUCAGGUUUGCAAUUGUCAGUUUUUACUGUAAAUGGAACAGGAAGGCAAAAAUACGAAAUGAUUUGUACAUUAGGAUUGCAACUUUGUAAAAAGGUAUGUUUGAGGAAAAUAAUGGUGUAAAAAUGAAAGUAGUUGGAGUUGAGGUAGCAAAUUAUUCUGGAUGAUUACUUGCUAUUGUUUCCUGUUUUCAUGAAAUAUGAAGCCUUUCAGUUAAGUAAUUCUGAACUAAGUAAUUUAUGGAUGUGUUCUGUGGUCCAUCUCAUUUAAUAAAAUAACUAAAGCGAAGAGAACUUUAGAUGUCUUGUCUCACUCAGGUAUUUAAUGGAACUGUUUGUGAUCUAGAGCAGUGCUUUCUAAACUGGAGACUUGGAGGAAUAUUUUUGCAUGCAUUUUUAUACUUUUUCAUUUUGAUGAUAAUUUUAAAGGGGAAAAAAAAAAAAACAAGCAUUAUAGGAGUAUGGUGGUUCAUUUGGAAGAACACCUAAAAACUAAGGCAAGGUUUCAGAGCCUAAGCUUACUUAGUUGUUUUUAAGAUUCAGUUGGCAGUAAAUAGCCUUCGUUAGUAAAUGUGUAUCAAGCACCUCCUGUUUGUUACGCGGAGUCCCUGGGUGGUGUAAACAAUUAGUGUACUUGGCUACUAAUUAGAAGGUUAACAGUUCAAGUCCACCCUAAGGUGCUGCGGAAGAAGGGUCUGGCGAUUUACUUCUGAAAAACCAGUCAUUGAAAAUCCUGUUGCGCACAGUUCUGCUCUGACACACACGUGGCGUCACCAUGAGUCGCAAUCACCUGGGCAGCGACUGUUUUCUGUUGUGGCGCCAGGCUUCCAGCUAAGUGCGGUGCGCACGGUGGUGAGGAUUUUUCCCGGCCUCUUAGAGUUUAUGAGAAAAGUGAAGCUGUUUUGAUGAACACCAAAGUUUAAAAUCAGGGAUUCUGGAUAAAAAUAGCUAUAACUUACUAUUUAUUUACUGUGUGCCAGACAGCAUGUAAAGUGGUUUUGGUACCCGUUUUCGGCCUCAUCAUUCAGUUUACAUUGAAAUUUUCCUUUGAUUUACCAGGAGCAUUGUAUAUGCACAUAAAGAAGCUUUUGUGGAAGCCUUGAAACAUCUCUGUGGAACAGGAGGUUUCCUUAUAUUGUGAAGUGUCUUCGGCUGGAACCGUCUCCUGUUUUUGAGCCCUUGCUGUAGCCACUUUACAGACUGCCAGUUGCUGUGGAGUUGACUUCAACUGACAGUGACUCACGUUUGUCUCCUCACUAGACUAUGAGCUCCUUGAAAGAAGGAAUUGUGUCUUUACUCAUCUUGUAUCUCCAGUGUUUGGCACAGUUCUUGGUACAUAGUUUAAGCUGAAUUUUGGGACAUGGCCACUGCUUCACCAAGGUCUGAUACUAGUAAUAACCACAGUGGAAGGUUACAGUUACAGGUAACUGUUUCUAGUGCCAAACUAAAAAGAAAAAAGAACUGGUUUGGAACGGCAAUAUAUACAGAAGUAGCCGUAGAUGGAGAAACUAAGAAAACAGCAAAAUCCAGUAGCUCUUCUAAUCCAAAAUGGGACGAACAGCUAACCGUACGUGUGACCCCACAGUCUACGUUGGAGUUUCGAGUCUGGAGUCAUCACACUUUAAAAGCAGAUGCUUUGUUGGGAAGGGCAACAAUAGAUUUGAAACAAGCUCUGUUAAAACACAAUAGAAAAUUGGAAAGAGUGAAAGAACAAUUAAAACUUUCCUUGGAAAACAAGAAUGGUGUACUGCAAACCGGUGAAUUGACAGUUGUACUUGAUGGAUUAGUGGUUGAGCAAGAAAAUCUAGCAAACGGCAGCUCAUCUCCAACCAUAGAAAUACAGCAAAAUGGUGAUGCCUUACAUGAAAAUGGAGAGCCUUUAGCAAGGACAACUAUCAGGUUGGCGAUUGAAUGUACUACUAAUGGAAUAGAUAAUCAUGUACCUACAGACACUCUAGUCCAAAACUCAUGCUGUUCAUAUGUAGUUAAUGGAGACAACACAUCUUCAUCUCCGUCUCAGGUUGCUGCCAGACCCCAAAAUACACCAGCUCCAAAACCACUCACACCUGAGCCUGCCAGUGACACUGAUCGUCUUAUGAAUUUUCCCCUCUUAGUUAAUGGAGAGUCAUCCUCAUCUGCACCAACUGCUAACACGUCCAGCACGGGGCCUGCAAUAGCAUCUGAAGAACCCACCUUGUCUUCAAAUUGCACUAGUACUACCGUUGAGGAUCCUUCAGUUCAAGAAAUACCACCUUCCUCAGAAAACAAUGAAUGUAUCCCUUCUACCAGCUCAGCACUGGAAUCAGAAGCUAUAAGUACCCUAGAGCCUGCCGCCUCUAGUUCAGAAAAUAGUUCUGCUUAUGAAGCAGCCAAAAUAAGACAGUCAGAUGGGUGUGCGGAACCUAUACGGCAGCAGCCUGGAAGUGCCAACACAGAAACUUUGCCAUCAGGUUGGGAACAGAGAAAAGAUCCUCAUGGAAGGACCUAUUACGUGGAUCAUAAUACCCGAACCACCACGUGGGAGAGACCACAACCUUUACCGCCAGGUUGGGAAAGAAGAGUUGAUGAUCGUGGGAGGGUUUAUUAUGUGGAUCAUAACACCCGAACAACAACAUGGCAGCGGCCUACCAUGGAAUCUGUUCGAAACUUUGAACAGUGGCAGUCUCAGCGGAACCAGUUGCAGGGAGCUAUGCAGCAGUUCAACCAGCGAUACCUCUAUUCGGCUUCAAUGUUAGCAGCAGAAAAUGACCCAUAUGGGCCUUUGCCACCAGGCUGGGAAAAAAGAGUAGAUUCAACAGACAGAGUUUACUUUGUGAAUCAUAACACAAAAACAACCCAGUGGGAAGAUCCAAGAACUCAAGGCCUACAGAAUGAAGAACCCCUGCCAGAAGGCUGGGAAAUUAGGUAUACUCGAGAAGGUGUGAGGUACUUUGUUGAUCAUAACACAAGAACAACAACAUUCAAAGAUCCUCGAAACGGGAAGUCAUCUGUAACUAAAGGUGGUCCACAAAUCGCUUACGAACGCAGCUUUAGGUGGAAACUUGCUCACUUCCGUUAUUUGUGCCAGUCUAAUGCACUACCCAGUCACGUGAAGAUCAAUGUGUCCCGCCAGACAUUGUUCGAAGAUUCCUUCCAACAGAUUAUGGCGUUAAAACCCUAUGACUUGAGGAGGCGAUUAUACGUAAUAUUCCGAGGAGAAGAAGGACUUGAUUAUGGUGGUUUAGCAAGAGAAUGGUUUUUCUUGCUUUCACAUGAAGUCUUGAACCCAAUGUAUUGCUUAUUUGAGUAUGCUGGCAAAAACAACUACUGCCUGCAGAUAAAUCCAGCAUCAGCCAUUAAUCCUGAUCAUCUUUCGUACUUCUGUUUCAUUGGUCGCUUUAUCGCUAUGGCGCUUUUUCAUGGAAAGUUUAUUGAUACUGGUUUCUCUUUACCGUUCUACAAGCGCAUGCUAAGUAAAAAACUUACUAUCAAGGAUUUGGAGUCUAUUGAUACUGAAUUUUAUAACUCUCUUAUCUGGAUAAGAGACAAUGACAUUGAAGAAUGUGGCUUAGAAAUGUACUUUUCUGUUGACAUGGAGAUUUUGGGGAAAGUUACUUCACAUGACCUGAAAUUGGGAGGUUCUAAUAUCCUAGUGACUGAGGAGAACAAAGAUGAAUAUAUUGGUCUAAUGACGGAAUGGCGUUUUUCUCGAGGCGUACAAGAACAGACCAAAGCUUUCCUUGAUGGUUUUAAUGAAGUCGUUCCCCUUCAAUGGCUGCAGUACUUUGAUGAAAAAGAAUUGGAGGUUAUGCUGUGUGGCAUGCAGGAGGUUGACUUGGCAGACUGGCAAAGAAAUGCUGUUUAUCGGCAUUAUACAAGAAACAGCAAGCAAAUCAUUUGGUUUUGGCAGCUUGUGAAAGAGACAGACAACGAAGUAAGAAUGCGACUUCUGCAGUUUGUCACUGGAACCUGCCGUUUACCUCUGGGAGGAUUUGCUGAGCUCAUGGGUAGUAAUGGGCCUCAAAAAUUUUGCAUUGAAAAAGUUGGCAAAGAUACCUGGUUACCAAGAAGCCACACGUGUUUUAAUCGCUUGGAUCUACCACCAUAUAAGAGUUACGAACAACUAAAGGAAAAGCUGCUUUUUGCAAUAGAAGAGACAGAGGGAUUUGGACAAGAAUGAAUGUGGCUUCUUGUCUUGGAGGAGCUCUCGCAUUUAAACACCCCAGCCAAGAAAAAUUGCACAGAUAGUGUAUAUAAGCUGUUCAUUCUGUACAGUGAAUUUUCUGAACCUCUCAAAGUAUAAAGGUUUUCCGUUCUUCCACAGAAAUAUGCAAAACAAUUCAUCCUUUUCUACUUUAUUUAUUGUUCCCUUGAAGUGACUGACCAGGAAAAAGAUCAUCCUUAAAUUUUGAAACAAGACCUUAUUAAAAAAAUAAUAAGUAUAUAUCUAUAUAAGCAUAUAUGAUAGUGGCUCUAGUUUUAUAGAGCUCCAAGUGUAUUAAACAUGACAGCCGUUCAUUCAAAAAGAUCCGGAUUUGCUUUACCUUUUUGCUGUUAUCCAGGGGAAAAAGUGCAAAUUGCUCUACGUUGCUCUCCCUUAUGCAACAUCUCCUAAGGGUGUUUAGUUGCAUGGCUGUCCAGGAAGGUAUUAAAGGCUUAGGCCAAAUCUUACUUCGAGUAUAUUAAGAAAUGCUGCUGGCUUUUCUAAAGACAGGGGCUUGAACCUGUCAGUUUGUUUUAAAUACAGUAGUAGGAAAUUUUCCCUCUUGGCUAUAUCAGUAAUACAGUCAAAGUAAUGAAUGAAACCAUAACUUACAUAAAAUUCAUAUAUUAGAACUGAUACCAUUUAGUUAAUUGUAGAGAUUGGAAAUAAUUCGUUGAGCAGCACAGAGGCUUGUUUACAUGUUACUUUGGGAUGCUAGGUAUUUGUGGAAUUAAGAAUCAGGCACUUCUCUACUGUUUUUAAAUCUGUGGUGUUCUUCAAAUUUAACUCAAUAAAUUGAUGCAAUUUGAUACUUAGGAGCAUAUAAAAGGAAAUGUGAA